GUUACUGUACAGUAUUUGUCAUUAUCUGAGGACAGGAGAGAGCAUCGAAGGUGGCAUUUUCGGCUUUCACCUUCCAAGACUCUCCCCAGAACUGCCCGAUGAACGCCCACGCCGCCUUCUUCCACCAAAGGUGGAUUCCGCAAACGGGAGACUCCGGAUCGUGACCGUAGUGCUUCGGUCCCCAGCCCUGGGGAAAGCCUCAUCUUAGCAAGUGGCCCUCAGCGCAUCCAGCAGAUCCGCGGGCGACGCGGAGGCCGCGCGGUUUCAUCAUUAAUGCUCCUGAAGGACAAUAGCUCAUCAAGCCCCACCGAAAGCCCCGGACCCGUCGCGGAGCCUGGGCUGGCGGGGGAUGAGGCUGAGCGACUCCUCCUAGAGGUGGUUAUGUGGAGAAGGAGCAAUCCCUUCUCCCUCCUCCUCCUCCCCCCGCUACUAUCCGCGGCCCGGAGAACUGCCGCUUGCCGCCAUUGACAAGCACCGAUAGAACCCAAAGAAAGGCAAAGAGUCCUGCCCGGCACCGGCGCCGCGCGGGCCGAACCUGCGCCCCGGGAGCGGCGCGCCGAGGGCACCGGGCGCCCGGAGCAGGCGGCGCAGCACCAGCAUCGUGGUAGUGCCGGAAGAACACCGUGUCAGCAAGCUGAGAGGGAAACUGAGGCAAGAUGUCGGGCCGGAGCGGGAAGAAGAAAAUGUCCAAGCUGUCCCGUUCAGCCAGGGCCGGUGUCAUCUUCCCCGUGGGGAGGCUGAUGCGUUACCUGAAGAAGGGGACGUUCAAGUACCGGAUCAGCGUGGGGGCUCCCGUCUACAUGGCGGCCGUCAUCGAGUACCUGGCAGCGGAAAUUCUAGAAUUGGCUGGGAAUGCCGCAAGGGACAACAAGAAGGCCCGGAUAGCCCCAAGACACAUCCUGCUAGCAGUUGCCAACGAUGAGGAACUCAAUCAGCUGCUAAAAGGAGUGACCAUCGCCAGUGGAGGUGUCCUACCCAGAAUUCAUCCCGAACUGCUGGCCAAAAAGCGAGGGACCAAAGGCAAGUCGGAAACGAUCCUCUCCCCUCCCCCGGAGAAAAGAGGAAGGAAGGCGGCGUCAGGCAAGAAGGGAGGCAAGAAAUCCAAGGCUGCCAAACCACGGACGUCCAAAAAGUCCAAACCAAAGGACAGCGAUAAAGAAGGAACUUCAAAUUCCACCUCCGAAGAUGGGCCGGGGGACGGAUUCACCAUUCUGUCAUCUAAAAGCCUCGUUCUAGGGCAGAAGCUCUCCCUGACCCAGAGUGACAUCAGCCAUAUUGGCUCCAUGAGAGUGGAGGGCAUUGUCCACCCAACCACAGCCGAAAUUGACCUCAAGGAAGACAUAGGUAAGGCCUUGGAAAAGGCUGGCGGGAAAGAGUUCUUGGAAACGGUAAAGGAGCUCCGCAAAUCCCAAGGCCCUUUGGAAGUCGCCGAAGCCGCUGUCAGCCAAUCCAGCGGACUCGCAGCCAAAUUUGUCAUCCACUGUCACAUCCCUCAGUGGGGCUCCGACAAAUGUGAAGAACAGCUCGAAGAGACCAUCAAAAACUGCCUGUCGGCGGCAGAGGACAAGAAGCUGAAGUCUGUGGCGUUCCCACCGUUUCCCAGCGGCAGAAACUGCUUCCCCAAACAGACGGCAGCCCAGGUGACCCUCAAAGCCAUCUCGGCCCACUUUGACGACUCGAGCGCAUCCUCGCUCAAGAAUGUCUACUUCCUGCUCUUUGACAGCGAGAGCAUUGGCAUCUACGUGCAGGAGAUGGCCAAGCUCGAUGCCAAGUAGCCGCCCCGCGCCCGUGCCCGGCCGGAGGAUGAUCGAAGUCACAGGAGUGGGGUUUUAUUUUGUAAAAGGAGAGAGGAAGUGUGACGGCAGGGGAGCGGAGGGCAGCUGGCAGGGAAGCGGGGAGCAGAGGCCGCAGGAGCAGGUCCCGCCCACGGAAGGAGCCCUCUGCCUUUUAUAUUCUCGUUUCAAAGAGCCUCAGUCUGUAAUUAACCAGGUCUCCACGAGGGGUUUCUUUCCAUGUGUUUUCUUCCUGUUGUUUUAGAACUUUUUUAAAAGACAGACUUCGUUUUAGAUUUAUAGCAUUGACUUUUACACACACACAAAAAAAAUCCUUUCAAAAUUCUUAAAA